AUACGUCGUCUAGAAGAGUCUGUCUAUGCUCCUGUGCUUAAUAAUGGAAAUGGUAACAUUGUUGAAGGCAGAGAAUGUGCUGAUUCUGAUACAAAUACUGAUGCUCUAGCCAAUCUGCCUGCUACCGACAAUGAUCAAAAUAACCAGCAUCCGGUUUCAGCAGGUCCUGCCAGCUUGUCCAUUGUUGUAGCAUUAGAGACAUCAGCUCAAUCUGCAGGUACAAACCAUCUUCACGGGGCCAUGGGUUCCAAUCCUGCUGCGCAUGCUAAUCCCAGCAGUAACGGAAAGCAGGGGAGUGCCAUGGAUGGUGGUAGUCCACCAAGUAGAUCUGCCAAGAGGCCCCGGAAGAGCGGGAGCGCGGUGUACAGAUGUUCCCCUCGCCUCAUUCCGCAGAUUGUGGAGCUUCUCAAUGAGGAGCAGAAGGGCUUCGUCAGAAAAAUCGGGUUUGGGAGCCUGCUGUCCAUGGCGGAUUUCGAGAUGAACAAGGCCCUUACCCUCUGGUUGGUUGGUAAGUUCAGUUGUGACACCAAUGCGCUUGAGUUUGGAGGCGGCUUAUCGAUUCCGGUGAGGCCACUCGUCAAGUCUGUCCUUGGGAUCCCUUCGGGCCCCAUCCAAGUCGUGCAGGGUCUCCAUGUUGACUAUGGUCUCUUCAGUCAGUACUGCUCUGUUAAAUUCAAGAACGCCAGGAAAUUGGCCGAGGAAAUGUGCAGCAUAACCGAGGAGGAACCCUUCUGUAUAGCCUUCAUGAUGACGAUACUCGCGAUUUAUCUAGCACCAAAUACAACCGUGCUUGUCAACAGGUCCUUUCUUGGAGCUGCUCAACAGGUCAGUAGCCUCAAACAGAUGGAUUGGUGUGGUUUCGUUGCUGACUAUCUUUUCAAAGGAAUCAGGGAGUUCAAGGAAUCAGAUGCACCCUUUGGUUGUCUAAAGGGCUGUGUGCACAUUCUGAGCGUCAUUUUCAUUGAUCUUGUGAAACAUGCUGCAUUCGAAGUACCAAACGGCUUUCCACGCUUGGGCUUUGUCACUACAGAGCAUAACAAAUGGGUAGCUUCACAUCCCUUUGGUAGCUUGCUGGUACGUCGUCUAGAAGAGUCUGUCUAUGCUCCUGUGCUUAGUAAUGGAAAUGGUAACAUUGUUGAAGGCGGAGAAUGUGCUCAUUCUGAUACAGAUACUGAUGCUCUGUCCAAUCAGUCUGCUACCGACAAUGAUCAAAAUAACCAGCAUCCGGUUUCACCAGGUCCUGGCAGCUUGCUCAUUGUUACAGGGUUAGAGACAUCAGCUCGAUCUGCAGAACACAUUAUUUUUCCAAGAAGUGGCGAGCAAUUGCAGUCUGCUGGGCCUUCUUCUGAACCGUAUUCUGCACAAAUUCCAAACGGGCUGGAGGUUCUUGCGGCUGCUGCCGAGAGCAGGAACAGGGAUUCACCGUCGAUGAUGGAGAAGCAUGAUCGGAGCGCCAAAAGGGCAAGGGUGGAGCCGCCCAAUAGUGGGCAAAUGGUGCGAGCUGGAGAAGCCACCAUAAGGAUGGACAUGAGUUUGUUUAGUUGCCGCGUCUGCUCCCACCCCGUCAAGCCCCCUGUCUUCCAGUGCAAUGUCGGGCAUUUAGCUUGCGGCAGAUGCCUUGCGGAGCUCCCCGACGAACAGUGCCAGAUGUGUGAGCACGGCGGUGACUUUAGCCGCUGUCCAGUGAUGGACGACGUCGUCCUGUCGAGCACGAUGAAGUGCUCCCACGAAGGCUGCCACAUUUACGUCCCCUACCACGAGCUCGACGACCACCAGAGCACGUGCCCACACGGGCCCUGCUUCUGCACGGAGACCGGCUGCAGCUUCGCCGGCGCACCGGCGGCGCUCCUCGGCCAUCUCGCCGCCCUGCACUCAGUGCCAGUGCACAAGGUCCACUACGGCAGUGUCCAUCAGCUCCGGGUGUCGGAGCCACGGUUCCUGCUCCACGCGGAAGAGGACGACAGCGCGUUCCUCCUGGCCGUGGGCGUGCUCGGCAUGGCCACCGUCGCGUCCGUGGUGUGCCUCAGAGCGGGAGCAUACCCAGAGCCGCGAUACGCGGUCAAGCUCUGGGCGAACGGUCCGCCGCUACCGAGCAGCGCGGCGGGCAGCAUUCUGCUGGACAUGCAGACAGUGACGAGCAUCGCCAGGCCCGGCGAGGUGGCGGUGGAGGAGCUGCCGUCGUUCCUGAUGGUGCCGCCGGCAUACCUGGUUGACUGUGGGGCGUACAAGGAGGUGUCCCUCGACGUUCGCAUUGACAGGAUGUGAUAUGGCCCAGUGCUGAUGCAAGUAGUAGUAUUUUUCAUCAUUUCUUCAUGGGAUGUAAUCGCUGCUUAGAUGCGACUGCUGAUGGAAGUAGGUGACACUAAUUAAACUUCCAGCCUGUAGUAGGUGACUUGUCUGGUUUCCCAAUGCAUCAACAAAAUGUUGAUGCCUUGUGCUGGAAAGUGAGAGGCCUGAAUUGUUCUGACUAUUGUUAGUGCCACCCAAUGUCAAAUAGAAUAGUGCCUCUUCCACCAGCUUAAGCGCACGCCUUUGUCCCUUCUCUCUUGGAACAAGAAUCUUUUGUCUAAUGCUAAGCUAUUCAAUAGAUGGUGAGACAAUAAAUGUGAUUGAUCUCUAUUUCA